CGCGUGCACGAGAGGGACGCCGGACUAUAAGUAGCGACAAGCGUCAUCUGUGAACGUAAAAACGCUCGCGUGGACAAAUUCACACGGACAAAAAAAGCGCUGGUGUCUCACGUUAGUGAGAACAGCACAUUGGACGUUUUAUUUCCACUGAACAAGAUUUUGAGGAGCUCCUCUUACAAUGUUGCCUGUUGUGGUAGUCCAUGGUGGUGCAGGUCACACUCCCAAGGGAAGGGCUGAGCUCUCCACUGCUGGGGUGCGGGAAGCCACAAAGAAGGGAUAUGCCAUUCUGAAGUCUGGAGGCAGUGCCAUGGAUGCUGUGGUAGAAACUGUGGCCAUACUGGAAAAUAAUCCAGUAUAUAAUGCAGGGCGAGGCUCAGUAUUGACUGUGAAGGGAGAAGUGCAGAUGGAUGCUCUGGUGAUGGAUGGGCGCACGCUGGCCUGUGGUGCCGUGUCUGCUGUCAGGAGAGUGGCUAACCCAAUUCAUCUGGCCAGGCUGGUCAUGGACAAGACUAGUCACGUGUGUCUGACGGCUGAAGGGGCUUCCCAGUUUGCCAGGGCUAUGGGAAUCCCUGAAGUGACUGAGGAGUCUCUGAUCACAGACUAUGCCAGGAAGCGCUGGAGGGACAACCUGAAUCCAGGAGCCAACCCUGUGGAGUGCCAGAUGGGUAAGAUGGGCACAGUCGGAGCAGUAGCUGUGGAUUUGCAGGGAAACCUUGCUUCUGCUACCUCUACAGGUGGCAUGAUAAACAAGAUGGAGGGUCGUGUGGGAGACACCCCAUGCGUUGGGUGUGGAGGCUAUGCAGAUAACAAUAUUGGGGCAGUAUCACCUACUGGUCAUGGAGAAGCAAUCAUGAAAGUCACUCUGUCCAGGCUUAUACUUUUCCACAUGGAGCAAGGAAAAAGCCCUGAGGAGGCAAGUGACCUGGCCCUGGCCUAUAUGUGGGAGCGUGUCAAUGGUCUGGCUGGAGUGGUGGUUGUGGACCCUAAAGGGACCUGGGCAGCUCGCUUCAACAGCAGUCAGAUGUCCUGGGCUGCAGCACAGCAAGAUCAGCUCCACUAUGGUCUGUACAAAGGAGAGGACUUUACUGAGCCUGUGUAGUUGGCCUGCAUGCUCACUAAGCAAGCUAGUCUCAGUGACACAUUUUUACACUAGAUAAAAAUGCCCUCUGCUGGCAGUAGUGAUUUCUUUCCUACUUCACAGAAACGGUUGCUUGUUUGCACAUACAAAUAAUUAGCAAAUUAUAUUUAAAAGACAAAGGGUGUGUCAUUUAAAUUCAAUAUUGAGUUCAUUCUAAUUUAAUCCUAAAAAUGUUCCUGAAUAUGCUAGAUAAUUUAAUACUUCUCCAAAAAGCCUGAUGCUUUAUUACUGAUCCUUUAGAACAGAGUACAGUUAUCCACUAGAUGGAGAUAACGCGCAUUUCAAGAGAAAAUACACCCAUCAGCCAUAACAUUAAAACCACUUGCCUAAUAUUGUGUAGCUCCUCCUUGUGCCACCAAAACAGCUCUGACCCAUUGAGGCUUGGACUCAUCAAGACAUGAGUAUCUGGAAUCAAGACAUUAACAACAGAUCCUGUAAAUACUGUAAGUUGCAAGGUGGGGCCUCCAUGGGUCAGACUUGUUUGGGCACAUCCCAUAGAUGAUUGUUCAGAUUGAGAUCUGGCAAAUUACAUUCAUGGCAUUUGUUAGAUGCCCUUAUCCAGAACAACGGACAGAGGUGCUUUGACGUGAGUCUAUAAAUAAAUGAAUCCUGACUAUGGUUCACUAGGUCUUGACUUAAUGCACUACUAGGGAGGUAAUAUAGUAAGAAAAGCACACAGACAACAGUUUUUAUGCUAAUCUUAAAUACUUGAAGGGUAUUCAAUACUUGAAGUUUUUAUCAUUUGAAGACUGACUAUGUUGAACAGAGGAGAGUCUUGCCAUGUUCCUUAGGCCAUUCCUGAAUAAUAAUAUUUACACUAUGGUAGGGAGCAUAGGGAAUGCGUUUGCCAUGAAAUGGUUUACUUGGUCUACAACAAUGUUUUUGUUGAUUGUGUGUGUGUUACGUGUAAGUAACAUCCACUUGAAUGCCAUGCCCCAAAGUUCCCCAACAGAACACCGAACCAGAGCCUGGAGCAGUCAAGCUAGCCCUCACUCACCAUGCACAUCAAUGAGCCUUGGGCACCCAUGAUUUUGUCGUUGGUUUAUGGUUUGUCCUUUCUUUGAUUACUUUUAGUUGGUAAUGACCACUGCACACUGGAAACAACCAACAAGACCUGCUGUCUUGGAGAUGCUCUGACUCUGUUUUCUAGCCAUCACAUUUUAACCCUUGUUAGUCACUCAGAUCCUUACACUUGCACAUUUUUUCUGCUUCCAACCCACAACUCUAAGAACUGACUAUUCAUGGAUGCCUGAUAUAUACCACCCAAUUGACCAAAUUAACCAUGUUAUUCACCUCACGUCAGUGAUUUUAAUAUUAUGGUUGAUCUAAUAUGUAUGCUCACUCCCUGUAUUUACUUUAUACUGUACAUGUUUAACAAAUAUUGAUCUGUAUGCAUCGCCUUAUAAAAUGUCUCAGCAAACCUACAAAAGAUAAUCCAUUGUUAUUCACAAAACUCGCAUCUGGUAUUUUUAAUUUAAACGUUUCUAAAAAAAAAUUUGCACUGUAAUUGUUCUUUGUCUGUGCAAUAAAUACAAAUAAUUUUUUUCUUUA